CCCCUUUUUGUCUUCUUUGUUGAUUCUUCAAUGGGAGAAGAGAUGAUAUAGUAUAACUAGUGGGCUGUACUGGUACUAAAAGAUACAGAGGCCCUUUACUCUAUUAGGCCUGGCUUUAGUGCAUGCAAGAAGCAAGCUUUUCUAAAGUGCACUAGUUUUCGGCUGCUUUGGCAAAGUGUGAAUUUUUUUCCGAAGAAGUAGUAAUGAAAAUCUGGAGGAUACAUACACAUUUUGGCUGAGCAAAAGAAAAGUUGAAAGAUAAAAAGGAAGAUUUUUGUUGGCUAAAAAAUUGUUGUAAGGGAGAAGGGGGCAAUUACUUUACUGGCGUAUUCUGACGAUAUUGGAAACACAACAACAAAGCGUUCUGAAACAUUAGUAACCGCCGACUGCAUUUUUCUGUACAAAAACAAUAGUACUGUCCGCUGGCUCUAUCCUACUAGAUAGUAAAAGGUAAAAACUUUGGGUGUCGAUUUUCUCUCUUUGAUUCUCUCUUUCUUCUUAAAGUGGUUAAAAAGAUCAUUGAUUUUUCCCUAUUCAUCUACUCAUGCUAUGCCACAAUGCUAGAAGGAGGGACUUCUUGGGACAUACCCGGCCUAGACCAUUCAAUACCCCCUCCCUUCAUAAAAGAGCUUUCAGAGAACCCAUUUGAAUUGAAAUUUUUAAUUCCCAAGGGAUUCCUUCUUUCUACAGUUCUUUUUGAAUUUUUGGGUUCUACAUAGAAUUUGGUCAUCUGGGAGUCAAUAGUAUUCGUUACUCUUGUUUUGUUUUUGUAGAAAGUCAGCAAAAAAGGAAGGAGCCAUGGUUCCUCAGAAACAAGCUGAAGAGGCUAUUGUCGCUGGGGAUCACAUUAAUGCGUCUGAAGGAAAUGAAGGAGGUGAAGAAAUCGUAGAUCAUGAUUCCAAGUUUAGCUACAAAAACAUCUUUUGGCAUGGAGGCUCUGUUUAUGAUGCUUGGUUCAGCUGUGCCUCAAAUCAGGUGGCGCAAGUUCUUUUAACAUUGCCAUACUCUUUCUCUCAACUGGGCAUGCUUUCAGGAGUGAUUUUUCAAAUUUUCUAUGGUAUAAUGGGUAGUUGGACUGCUUACCUCAUCAGUGUCCUCUAUGUCGAGUACAGAACCAGGAAGGAGAAGGAGAAUGUCAGCUUCAAGAAUCAUGUUAUACAGUGGUUCGAGGUUCUGGAUGGCUUGUUGGGCCCCAAGUGGAAGGCCAUAGGAUUAGCUUUUAAUUGCACAUUCCUUCUCUUUGGCUCUGUCAUACAGCUUAUAGCUUGUGCAAGCAACAUAUACUACAUUAACAAUCAUUUGGACAAGAGAACAUGGACGUACAUAUUUGGGGCUUGUUGUGCAACUACUGUGUUCAUUCCAUCGUUUCACAACUACAGGAUUUGGUCCUUUCUGGGGCUGGGGAUGACCACUUACACUGCGUGGUACUUGACCAUAGCAGCCCUUAUUCAUGGCCAGGAACCUGGAGUAGUCCACUCUGGCCCAACGAAAUUGCACCUGUAUUUUACUGGUGCAACCAACAUUCUCUACACCUUCGGUGGUCAUGCUGUUACAGUGGAGAUCAUGCAUGCAAUGUGGAAGCCUCGGAAAUUCAAGUACAUAUAUUUGUACGCUACAUUCUACGUGUUCACUUUAACUAUCCCCUCAGCGGCUGCUAUGUAUUGGGCUUUUGGUGAUCAACUGCUUAACCAUGCCAAUGCUUUCUCGCUCCUACCUCGAACCGGUUACCGUGAUGCUGCUGUUAUUCUAAUGCUAAUCCAUCAGUUCAUAACAUUCGGUUUCGCCUGCACCCCAUUGUAUUUUGUAUGGGAAAAAGUGGUGGGGAUGCAUGACACAAAAAGCAUAUGUUUGAGGGCACUGAUUAGGCUUCCAGUGGUGGUGCCAAUUUGGUUCUUGGCGAUCAUUUUCCCCUUCUUUGGGCCAAUCAAUUCGGCCGUGGGAGCGCUUCUGGUCAGCUUCACUGUCUACAUUAUCCCUGCUCUUGCUCAUAUGCUAACUUACCGAAAGGCCUCUGCCCGGCAGGUAACUGGUCCACUCUUUACUGGCACUUCCUUAAUCAGAUACUUUGAAUUGCUGGAAACUGUCCCUACUGGUUAUUUACUAGCCACAUUUGAUGUAUUAGGUUCAUCCAUUCUCUAUGUCUAUGGCUGGUUAGCCAUUGAAAAUUUGAGCAGAGUACAUUCCAAAGUUUCAAUUAUUGCAACUAUGUUGAAGACUUGGCAUACAGACAUUUCAACCUUCUGUUUAGCAUUCAUUUGUGGGGUUGAAUCACUUUGUCUUUAAACAGUCCGCUACAACAUGCUAUAGGCUGCAUCUUCAUUCUUGACUAUCACACACAUCAAUGGAUCUUGUUUACUGUUUAGGUUCUAUUGCCCAUGUUUGACUAAUUUCCCGAACCAUCUACUUUUGGAACAUUAAACAGGUCAUUAUGGUAGAGAGUAGGAAAGCGUCCUUAUCAUUCAUUUGAAUUUAAGGGAAAAAAAAAUGAGAAUCCAUUAUCCAUUUAGUGUCAUGCUGCCUAAUUAAGUUCCAACUUCUUUGGUUUGGCAAUAGGGAGUUGUACAAUAAGAAUCCCAGCUGUUAUCCCCAGCAUUCAACACCAGAGUUGAAUCAUUUUAUCUUCGAGAAUUUACGUGACAAGUUUGGUGCACCUUAGUUUUCAUUUGGUUACUUUCAUCAGUAAUUCUUGGUCUCUCUCAUAUUAGCAAUACUCAUGUCUUGAAUUGAGCCGUCUGAUUGUCCCACAAAACCCACUCCAUUUGAAGUUUUGAACUGCCCAAUUUACCACUUUCACUAUUGGUCGAUUGUCUAAUAAAAUGAAAAUGACUAAUGUCUCAAGCAAAUUUGCACUUUGCAUUGUUUGCAGAAUGCUGCAGAAAAUCCACCGUUCUUCCUUCCAAGCUGGACUGCAAUGUAUGUUGUGAACUCAUUUGUUGUGGGCUGGGUCCUGAUCGUUGGAUUUGGGUUUGGAGGUUGGGCUAGCAUGAAGAAUUUCAUCAAACAAGUUGAUACUUUUGGGCUAUUUGCGAAAUGCUAUCAGUGCAAUCCACCUCCUCCAGCCCAUCAUUAAGGCUUAGUUUAAUGCUCUUUUUAGCAUACUAACCAUCCUCAUGUUUCAGUGUGGUGUGUGCUGUAGUUUCUUUUAGCAGAUUAUGUUCAUUCACCAUAUACUUACUAUAUAUAUGUAAUCAACGGUAAAUGUAAUGGAUUUUUUUUUUUUUGUGGAAAUUAUAAUUUGCUACCCUUCAAUAUGUUUUCUUUUUCCCCCUUUUCCAAUUAAG